AGCUGCGGAAGGAAAAUGGCUGACAGAUUCUCUCGUUUCAACGAGGAUCGUGAUUUCCAGGGGGGAAAUCACUUCGACCAAUAUGAAGAGGGCCAGUUGGAGCUGGAGCAGGCCUCUCUGGACAAGCCCAUAGAAUCGCAAAUUGGCCCCAAUUAGCUAAGCAGCUAUGACCCGCCCAGUUUUUAAAGCCAGGAUAAUAUCGGGCACCGGCUUCUGCAGAAGCAUGGCUGGAAGCUGGGCCAGGGCCUGGGGAAAACCAUGCAGGUGGUAUGAUCCCGCCCAUGUUGUGCUGAUGGUAAACUUAGUGGCCGAACGGACCCUGUGCCCAUCAUCCUCAAAUACGAUGUCAUGGGAAUGGGACGCAUGGAGAUGGAGUUGGACUAUGCAGAGGAUGCCACUGAGAAGCGCAGGGUUCUGGAGGUGGAGAAGGAGGACACGGAGGAGCUGCGACAGAAAUACAAGGAUUAUGCUGAGAAAGAGAAAGCCAUCGCCAAAGCUCUGGAGGACCUGAGGGCCAACUUCUACUGUGAGCUGUGUGACAAACAGUACCAGAAACAUCAGGAGUUUGACAAUCACAUCAACUCCUACGACCACGCUCACAAGCAGAGGCUGAAGGAGCUGAAGCAGCGGGAGUUUGCCAGGAAUGUGUCGUCGCGCUCGCGCAGGGAUGAGAGGAAGCAGGAGAAGAUGCUGCGGCGGUUGCAUGAGCUUGCGGAGCAGAGGAAGCAGCAGGACUGUGCACUUGGUAGUGGCCCCAUGUUUAAGCCCACCACCGUGGCAGUCGACGGGGAGAGCAACGAGGAGUGUGCCCAAAACCCUGAGGGAGUGCCCGUCUCAGACUGCGCAGGAGAGGGGUCUCCGCGGGAGGAGAACUCCCUGUCCAACGCCUCGUCGCCUAAGCCGUCCUCGGCAAUCAGCGCUGCUGUAAACCAGAACAGCUCCUCCCCCUCCCCCACCAUUUCUCUAAUGCCCAAAGUCAGUGUGUCCUUCUCCUUGGCCAAGAAGGCUCCGGUCAAGCUGGAGACUGCAGCCGCCGUGUUUGCUGAUCAGGGUGAGGAGGCCCAGGCAGAGGAGAGCCAAGAAGAAGAGGAGGCCACAGGGACCCCCAGUGCAGCCAGCACCGAGAACCCCGCAGAGGAGGACACGCAGCAGCCUGAUGAGGGGGGAUCCCUGGCCUCCACGCUCUCUAAGCUGAAGAUGAUGAUGAAGAAGGAUGAAGGCUUCUCUGGGCAGGAGCCUCAGUACUACCACUACAUGCCCCCGGCCCACUGCCGGGUCAAGCCCAAAUUCCAGUUCCUCGUGUUCAUGAAGGCAUCGGACCAGAGCAGCGACCAUGAGGGCGAAGGGACAGCUGCCACUACCACGGUCAACCCCACAAGCAAGAAGGGUGGAUCUGGGGAAGCCGAGAUGGAGAAAAAGGUUGACAAGGCUGAUCGAACUGAAGCCGUAGAGCCCGCGACUUCUGUGACUGGCGUGAAGACGGAACCUGCAGCCGAGCAUCCUCCUGCCGCCCUGCCCAUAACAACUCCAGAGGACUGCAGCCAGAGGGCACGUGAGCCCCACACAGGUCCCCGCCUUCCUACCAGCCCCUUCUUCCCUGUACUCAGUAAGGAUGAAAGCACCAUGCUUCAGUGGCCUACAGAGCUGCUGGAAUUCACACAAGCUCAGCCCUCGCUCUCCUACAGCUGUAAUCCCCUUUACUUUGACUUCAAGCUCUCCCGCAACAGAGGGGCUCGUGCCGGGAGGGCUACCCGCUCCGCAGAUCCCAACGCCAAACCUGCCAAGUCCGAAGGGGCUGGUCCAGAAGGAGUCAAGCAAGAGCUUGUCCAAGGGGUGUGUGGAGCUGAGGUCCCGGGACCCAGCGCGAAGAGCAAAGCGAGCCCCACUGUGAAGGAAGGGGUCACUGAGGGAAGGGAAGAGGAGAAGACCCCACAGAAAGAAAAGGAAAAAAGCAGCAAAAAAAAGAAAAAGAAGAAAAAAAAGAAGCAUAAGAAGUCCGGUAAGCAUUCGAAGAGGAAAGAGAAAGAGGCAGCUGAGGGAGAGACAGAGACGGAGGUCCCAGGAGAAAAAACAAAGAAGAAGAAAAAGCACAAGCGAAAGAAAAGUAAGACCCAAGCACCAGAGGACAAGGGAGGAGAGGAGGAGGAUGAUGCGGGAGCGGGGGCCGGAGCUUCAGGAGCUGCGGAAGGGUCUGCUUCGGGGAAGAGGAAGCGGCUGAAGGAUGAGCCACAAAAACCAGAGUCUGAGGAGAGGGAAGGAGGGAAAGGCCCUCAGAAAUCUGGCCCAGCAGAAGGACACUGCAGUGCCAAGCGGCACAAGCCUGACCCUGGAACCACAGCAUCCAGCGCCUCCACCUCCGCCCAGAAACGCUCGAGCAGUGGGAGCGGUCGGGGCAGCAGGCAGGCCAGCAGCGAGAGUGAGGACGGGGGCUCCUCCCAUCGCUCCCACCAAAACUCCACGCCCCGGCAGAAGCACAGGCGCUACAGCGAGGAGGACUCUGAGCGCUCCCGUAGCCGUUCCUCUCGCCGCCGGGGGCGGGGCCCCUCCUCGCGCAGCCAGUCGUACUCCAGCAGCUCGGAGCGCUCCUCAGUGGGCAGCAGCCGCUACAGCCACCGCAGCCGCAGCUACAGUGACAGCUACAGCGACUACAGCAACGGCGGCCGGCGCUCCAAGCGUUCCUCCGGCUCGGAUUACGGGCGGCGUGGCGGGACCCGGCGCAGAGGCCGGCGGCGGCGCUACACAUCCUCGUCCUCGGAGGCGGACUCCAGCCGCUCGCGGAGCCACGGCCGGCGGAGCAGGCAUCGGCGACACCGCCGCAGUAGCUCUCGCAGCUCCAGCAGCAGCAGCACGCCGCGCUCCUGGAGGCGCAGCAGCUACAGCCGUAGCCACAGCUCGGCCAGCCGCUCCUCCAGCUCCGCCAAGGGCUCCUCCUCCCGCCGGCACAACAGCUCCAGCGGCCACCGCAACUUCAGCCACUCUCGCAUCUACCGCUCGCAGUCGCCCCGCUCCUCCUCGCAUGGCCCCGCGCGCAAGGACUCUGCGCGCAACAGCAAUUCGUCAUCCUCCCUGCACAGGGGUGGUGGGACAGGGAAGGCCGGUUUGGGUGGCGGAGGGGAACGUAACUCCCUAACUGCCAGGCAACUGCUCGAGAGGGUGCAGUCCCGCAAGGGUCCGGAUGAGACUGUGCCUGGAGCGAAGCCAGGCAUCAAGCUCAAGGACCCCCCACAGGGAUACUUUGGGCCCAAGCUGCCCCCAACCUUGGGGAACAAAGCGAUGCUGCCCCUGUUUGGGAAGCAUCCAAUGGGUAAGAAGUCCCCGCUUCUAUCCCUGCGGAGGCCGGAGGAGGUGGAGAAGGAGACCCCGGGCAAGGGCGCAGAGGCCGGGGCCGAGGUGAUCCUCGUGGAGCCCAUCCGGGAGUUCCCACCUCCCCCGCCCGCUCCUCAGCCCCCACAGCAACUUGAGGAUGUGACGCAGAAGGGGGUGGUGCAGGACACGGUGCAGCUCCCCGUCCCUGAGACGCAGGCACUACCAGAGCCACGGAUGUUUGAGCGGGACCCCAACAUGCUGGUGCAACCGUACCCCCCUGAGCCCGGACAAGAGGUACCCAACUCAGUACUGGAGUGCCUCCUGCCUGACAUGCAGCAUCAUGUGGCCCAGCAGCAUCCCAUGCACCCCUACCCUGGGUACCCGCACCCCGGCUUGGAGGAAGAAGACAUGGGUAUGGAGGAGGACGACGACUCUUCUUUGGCUCCUCUGGAGAGCCAGCCCAUCACCUUCACCCCGGAGGAGAUGGAGAAGUACAGUAAGCUUCAGCAGGCUGCCCAACAGCACAUCCAGCAGCAGCUGCUGGCCAAGCAGGUCAAGAGCUUCCCGUCUGCGGCAGCCGCAGCGGCUCUCCCUGCCAACCUUGCUCCUGCGCCGCCCCCUCCCGCCCUGCAGCAGAUCCACAUCCAGCAGCCGGCCGCCUCUCCUUCGGCCAGCUCCCUCACCACCAUGCAGCACGCCCUCCUGCAGCACCACGCGGCCACUGCGGCCGCCAUCGGCAUCCACCCCCACGCACAGCACCCGCACCCCCACCAGCUGGCCCAGGUGCACCACAUCCCCCAGCACCACCUCACCCCCAUCUCCCUUUCUCCACUCGGCCACUCUCUGGGCCACUCGCUGGGGCACUCACUCAUUCCCGCUCACCACACUGCCUUCCUCUCCGGCCAGCCCAUCCACAUCAUCCCUGCCUCUGCUCUCCACCACACCCCGCUGGCCCUGCAUCACGUCCCGCACACGGCCCUCUACCCCACUCUCUUUGCGCCCCGGCCCAAUGCCGCCGCAGCUGCUGCUGCCCUGCACUUGCACCCCCUGCUGCACCCCAUUUUCUCGGGACAGGACCUCCAGCACCCCCCCAACCACGGCUCCUGAGGCCAGCCAGCGUCUGGGGGGGGGGGGGGGUGGUAUCUCAGGGAGAGCUUGCCAGCCUCCUGCGGCAUGAACCGUAUCCGCCCUGUCACCUCCCACUCCAACCAGAGCUGCAGGGGCCACUGUCUAUCCAGAAGGCAGUGCAACAGACGCCCUGUGUCUGAAGUAAUAAGGCUUCAGUCCAGAGAAAUCAUAAAUGGGACAUCGGAGGGAGCUGCAGAAUUGGGAGGACGGUGUUGUGAAAGUCAAGUGGGGAGAAGUCCUCCGCUAGACACUUCCAAAUUCUGGGACAGGGCCUGAAAGAAACAUCUGUGUUAUCAAGGGAAGCCAGGAAAACCUAUGGGGUUUUUUUUCUACUGUUGUUAUAUAAACAAUAUUGUUUGAUCUCUUUCCUAUAGCCAAAGAGAUGCAGUGGUUGAAGCCAUAAAUUGAAUCUGUGUGUUCACUUCACAAACGAGGAGUGGCUGUGACUUGGAAAUAUUAACCCCUGUCCAAAAAUUGAGUGGCUUAAAUACCUUUGUUACUGACAUCUCCUUUAACUUUAGUGCAGCUCAAUUCUGUUAUACAGCCUGGUCAACUUCAUUUGGUCUAUUUUGUAAUUUAUCAAUGAUAAAACAUUUUCAGAUAUGGUACAAGAUUUAAAUUAAGUGAUGCAUAUUAUGUAUUCUGAGACUUCUGAGAAAAUCAAAUUUCUUGGCAACAUAAGCUAUGAAUAAUGGUUAGCCCAGGGUAUCUGCAAAUUCUUUAUUCAUGAAAUUGAAAUGAGCAUGCUUUACAACAUAUAGAUGUUGAUACUCCAACAACGGCUCAUUCUAAAGCAAAACUGAUCUGUAAAUGUUACCGAAUAGCUUGGCAACACCAAACUUGUCCUUCCUUUCUCAUGCCUACAAAGAAACCCUCAUAUCUUUGUCCAAUUUAAAGACUCAGAAUAAAGACAGGUCAAAGGUAAUGCUCCUGGUCUUCAUGGAACAUUUUUAUUGCACUGAAAUAUUUGCAUUUAGAUGCUGCUGUUGUAGCAUGUAUCGUUUAUGAUUGUAAUAUACUGCAAUAAUUUUAUUUUGAAUUUGUAUUAUUUUCCAGACCACUCUAAAUGGAGGUCACAAUCUGUUCUCCACUGUAAUCUAGCUCACUGUAAAUAGGUUUGCUGUUUGACUGGCUUGUAGUUUAAGGGGUUUGUAGUUCCUGGUAAUAUUGAAAAAUGUACAGAAGUGGUGGAAUGAGAUUAAAACACUGAACACAAAGCAAAUGCUAAGCAUGUAUAUUUUAUCAAAACCCAUGUAUUUUUAGAAUUUACCCUGUAUUGUACAAAAAUACCUUUUUCAUAUGUGUUCUGUAAAUGACAGUGGUGAGUUUAUUUGUUUUUGUUUUGGGAAGAUGGUGCAUUGGUGAAUAGUGUGCUGUGAUCUGCAGGUCUGUUUGUGUUGCCCCAGGCAACCGGCUGACAGCUGAGCUUAUCCAAAGGAUUGUGCCUUCUGUAAUGUACCCAUUUCAAACUUGUACAGAGAUGACCAUCGGAGAAAGAAUCGCUUGAGCAUCCACGGAACUAAAUUCAGAUUCUGCCCCAGCCUGAGAUGACCAUUAGCUCUCAUGACACGUUGACUUAUGAGCAGGAAGACAGUGCUUCCUACGCGGACUCCAGCUCUGAUGCCAAGGCAGGAAAAUGCCUGUGGUUGUGUGUGGGACUUUUUUUUUUCUUUUUUUUUUGCUUCCAUGGACCAGCAUCAAAUAGGAUCUCUCAGCACUUCCAUCCAUUCAAGGCUUCACUUUCCUGAUUAAAUCUGUACAGUUUCCCAGAUUACCAUGUGAACUACAAAGUUAUUAUAUCCUGUCUUAUUGAACAUGUCAUUGACAGGCAGUCAUCUUGCAGUAAAAAGUUCUUUAUAAUAAAGGUUUAUGGAAUCUU